AAAAAAAAAAAAAAAAAAAACGUUUUUCAUGCGGAUAAUGUAAUGCAAUUGUGGUCCAGGUAGGCCUGCUGUAUGUAGCCUGUGGCACGGUGUAUGAGUCACGCAAGAUGCUCAUCUCCUAAAGGUUCAUCACCACCACCACCACCAACACCACCACCACCAACACCAUCACCAGCAGCAGCAGCAGCAGCAGCAGCAGCGGCAGCAGCAGCAGACAGCGUCACCCAACCACUCUGUUGCCCACACAGGCGUUUAAAGAGGGAGGUGGGCGCUGCUGGAUCAAGUCGAUUCGACUCCCUUCCGCUGGACUAAUCACAUUGAUUGAUCGUCGGGUGCGUCCCGGAGGUACCCCUGCGAGGAUCUUCGAGGAUUCUGGGGGGGGGGGGACCGCCGUGUGGUCGCAGAUGACACGCAGAAGAAAGUGUGUGGGCGGAUGAGGAAGUUCAGAGCACGGAUUGAUGGUCACACACCUACUGUACUGGCACUUUAUCACAGCAGCGGCAGCAGCGCAACACCGGGAUCUCCGUCCACCAAUUUCUGUGUUCAGAGGUGAUCCGCGGAUGGGAAAAUGACAAUCAAGUUUGUGGUCAUCCUCUUCACACUUCUGCUCGUUCAAGGUGCUCGUUCUGAUCUACUGAAAUAUGGCGACGACGAUGAAGAUCACCACGAUACCACUGUCAAUCAAAUGCUGGUUCCCAGGUCGCACCAGGAGGAUGCCACACUUAUACUGAAUAAUUUGCUCAAAGAAUAUGACAAGACGCUACGGCCGGACAUUGGAAUGAAACCAACAGUCAUCGAUGUGGGCAUAUAUGUCAACAGCAUCGGGCCUGUGUCAUCCAUUGAUAUGGAGUACCAGAUCGAUAUUAUCUUCGCCCAGACCUGGGUGGACACCCGUCUGCAGUAUAACAGCAGCAGCAUGAAGAUUCUAACCCUCAACAGCAAUAUGGUCGGCUUGAUCUGGCUGCCCGACACCAUCUUUAGGAAUUCCAAGAAUGCAGACUCUCACUGGAUAACGACGCCCAAUCAGCUGCUCCGGAUCUUCAACAAUGGAAAAAUACUUUAUACACUGAGGAUGACCAUCAACGCAGAAUGCCAGCUGCAGCUCCAUAAUUUCCCAAUGGACGAACACUCCUGUCCUCUCGUCUUCUCCAGCUACGGCUACCCACGAGAUGAGAUUGUGUACAAGUGGAAGCGAAAUUCAGUGGAGACUUCGGACCAGAAAUACUGGAGGCUUUACCAGUUUGAUUUCAUGGGGCUCAGAAACACCACAGAUGUGCUCACGACGACAGCAGGUGACUAUGUGUUGAUGACAGUGUACUUUGACCUCAGCAGAAGGAUGGGCUACUUCACCAUCCAGACCUACAUCCCCUGUAUCCUGACUGUGGUCCUCUCCUGGGUGUCCUUCUGGAUCAAGAGCGACGCCACGCCUGCAAGGACGGCCCUAGGUAUCACCACAGUGCUGACCAUGACCACCCUGAGCACAGUGGCCAGGAACUCACUACCUAGAGUGUCCUACGUGACGGCCAUGGACCUGUUUGUCACCGUCUGCUUCCUAUUCGUCUUCGCUGCCAUGAUCGAGUAUGCCAUGCUCAACUACUACUCCUACAUUGUACGCAGACCUCCUGCCAAGACGCAGAGAAUGGCCUACUCAUCUUUCAACAUGGGUCACACCCCUCGGCCCAUGAUGCCCAUGGGCAACUCCCUGUUCUGGCACGACUACGACGACAACUGCCUGUAUGAGUGCCUGGACGGGAAAGACUGCAAGAGCUUCUUCUGCUGUUAUGAGGAGUGUAAAGAAGGCGGCUGGAAGAAAGGACGGAUCCAUGUCAACAUCCGCGAGCUGGAUUCCUACUCCCGGGUUUUCUUCCCCACCUCCUUCUUACUCUUCAACAUAGUCUACUGGGUCAGCUACCUCUACCUCUAGUCGGUCUCGGGUUGUGAUCCAUGGGCCCUUCUGAAACAGCCACAGUCCCCGCCACUUUGCACCACGGCUCGUGAUUUAAGGUCAAAACUAAGCGUGGAGGAGGAAAUGGGGUGGAUCCGCUCUGUGGGAAUUGUCAGACAUGCUGCCUCUGGAGUGGUAUGACUAAAAAAUACAUAUGUGUAGUGGUGCACAGUGUAAAGGCCAUGAUACUUUGAGCAGUGGCACACCAAGGAGAAUAAAAUGCUCAGCAGUAGAACAACAAGCCGCCAGCAUUAACUUGAAUGCAUGGGUUUAUGACUCUCUGAGAAACCAACAGACAGCUGUAACUUCAGAGACGUUCGGGGACGGGGUUGCAUUGCUGAAUCUUGGUCUUCGAGAUGGCGAAGCACCCAUAGUGCCUUCUUUAGAAAGGGUGCGCCUAGAGACGCAGCUUCAGAGUUCCCUCCAUUAUCUUUAUUACCUCAUCCACCACACCGCCGCAUGCUGUGCUGUUUAUUCUUUGAUGAAACAAACCCAGAACACCACCACUGGAGAUGUUUAAAACUAACACUCACCAUUAAUUUUGUAGCACAUUAGUUUUAGUUGUACUCUCGAAUUAGUUUUACUUUCUAAUAUAGUAACGUUUUCUUCUUAUUAAUAUUAUUAUUGGAAUUAGUUGGAUUUUCACAGCAAGUCAACUAGCUCACACAUCAGUUGUUAAGUGUUGAAUAUGAUUUAAGGUCAGUGGGGUACAUGUGGGGCAGUGGUUGUCUGGAAAAAUCUUGUUUAUUAAGUCAGUGAGCUUUUGUUCAUGAUGCUUUACGACCAAGCAAUGCAGUUUACAGUAGAUGCCAAGAAGAUUUGGGUGUUUUAUAAUGAAUACCGGGUUACUUUCUUACACACAAAAUGUAUAAGAACUGCAUAAAUACAUACCAAUCUAAUACUGAACAUGCUAAUCUCAUCCCCAGGCAUAUUGUACUGUAUGUAUGUUACAGUACAUGAAUAAACAGAUUAGGGUUUGAGCAGUGCUGGUUUCUUCCUGACAACAGCUAUAUGAAAACAGUUUCGCAUUUUAUUUUACAAACUUUUAUUCUUAUUUAUAUAGAUAUGUGUUUUUUACUUUUAAUAGGACCUGUGCAUUCCCUUGGCUUAAAUGAAAAGUUUGACAUUUUGGGAAAGCUUUUAAUGUGAAAAAACUUGAGGAAGUGUUGAGUUUUAUUGACGGUAACUUAACAUCAAUCAGGAGUACACAAAGAAGAAACAAGUAUGAAAACAUUUUCACCCAGCUCAACGUGUUUUUUUUUUAUUCUCUAUUCUCUAUCCUCUUUUGAGACUCGGACAUUAUUUGAAUACCGGCCUAUAUAUGAGAAUUUACAGUAUUCACUUUCUUGGUUAGUUGAGAAGAUUGAUACCACUCACAUGUCUAAUGAUGAAGCUGUCAUCGGCACGGCUAACUUAGCUUAGCACAAAGACUAGCUUGGCUCUGUCCAAAGGUAAGAAAAAUCCACCAGUCGGGAUCUGUAAAGUUUCAUGUUUUAUGGGGGGUUAUGUGACUAGUAACUUCCGCUGGUUGCCUGGCAACUGGUCUUGGCCAAGAAAUAGUUUGGCAAACCAUAACUCAGUGAAAUUUCAUUUUUACACUUAAAAAAGGAGAUAUAAUGUGUUAAUCGGUGAGCUAGAGAGGUGCUUUUAGGCGGAAAAAGCUACCCUGGCUCUGUUCAUAGGUAACAGUCUUUGUGCUAAGCUAAGUUACCUGGCUGUAGCUUCAUAUUUAGCGUACAGACAAGAGAGUGGUAUCAAUAAUUUCAUCUAACUCUUGGCAAGAAAAGGAGUAAGCUUAUUUCUCAAAAUGUCGAACUAUUCCAAGGAGUUAAUAAAUUAAUAAGAAAUUUCAUCAGCAUUGGUUUCAAUGGAAAGUUUCAGCUGAGCAUGAUGUGCAUGAAAAUUGUUCAGUACACUAUAUACAGUAUAUAUUGUAUAUAUUGUAUAUUGGAUAAUGGAACAAGAUGAGCUGCAGAAAUAUUAGUUUUGGUAACAAGCACUAAAAAAACAAACAAAACCCUAAAGCACAUACAAACAUAUACUGUACGUGGCCUAUUUAUUUUGCAUUAGUCAUUCCAUCUAGUUUCAGAAGUAGAGCUUGAGUACAUAAGAUUGGAGUCUAGAUGAAAGCUUCAAUUUUUCUGAUGUCCUGCCAUAUGCGGGACCUAAAGGCACAUCUUCUGUGUGUAGCUGGCAAUGAUCACAGGUGCUGUAAAAUAAGUUAUAUAUAUAUAUAUAUAUAUAUAUAUAUAUAUAUAUUGUGGAACUCCAUACACUCACAUACUGCACACAGCGCGGUAUUGAAAAAUGGAUGAUCCAGGAGGGUUGAUGACUCUUGAUGUCCCACAUCCACUCCUCAAACAUGUAAAAUUAAUGCCAUAUAUGGAGGCUUACGGACACACGAGUGUCAAAAAACAACAACACAGGGAUGGAUGGUACUGAUGGAGUUAGAAACAUUUUGGUUUUGUUAACUGUUCUAUGGUGUUUUUUGCAGUCCUUUGGCUUUGUAGAACAAUCAAACCCCCUUUUCCCCCCUUCUUUCCCCAACGUACACACACACUUUUUCCCCGGUAUUUGUAUGUUCAGAGAAAAGCUUUUAUGUAAGAUGUAUCUAAUUAAUGUUUCUAUUUUCAUACAGUUAUACAUGGAAUGUAAGUUAGGCCAGUAGCAAGGCCAGAGUCAAUCUGGUUCCAGUUCAGUCAGUUCAAGCAGCCUAAAUGAGUUUAUAUUUAGGGGUCCUACAUAUUCAUAAGGCCUCCAGACACAUUUGUGUCCUGUCCAGAGGUUUGUAAUUACAAAUCAAAUCGCCUUGAGUGAUGCUAGAGAAACAGCAGAAGGGCUGUUACCCUGUGGGCCACUAUUUACUCUGCUGAUUUUAUAUAUUAGCUCAUAUGAGACAGUGAAAUUUCAUUAGUAUUUCGACAUUAGAUCUAUCUAUCUAUCUAUCUAUCUAUCUAUCGAUGAACUGACUGAAUUGAACAGAGCUUGGCCCACACUGCAGUAAACUCUCCUCACCUCUGAUAUUUCUACUACACUUUAUAAGUGUCUUAGUCCGUUGAGAUACUUCAAUAAAACAAAAUCACUAUUUUCUACGUCUUAAUGAAAAUCACCUGUGUGUGUUUCAACUGACUGGGACCUGUAUUUAUAAAGCCUCUUUGGAAUCAGAGUACUAACCCAGGAUCAGCACUGGUGAGCAUAAUGAACUCGCUCAAGAGCCUCUUCCGGAGACCUCAUCACCCCCAUUAAAGUUUCCCAGCUUCUCUGAAAAGCGGUGCAUCAGUUGCACAGAGGUGUCAGAAAAUCAUGUAUUACUCCUACUUUAUCCUGCAAACCAAUUUUGUUUUGAUUGCCAGUGAGGUCUCUGGAGGGCGGGGCUGUACAUCUUGGAUCAGCACUCGUGGGGAAAAUAUUUUAUGAAAACAGGAUCUAGAGUGAAAAUAGGUAUCUUUUUUCUAGUGCGUGGUACAUUGCUUAUAUUAAUAAAUAACGUUUUGGUCAA